GGACUUGUGAGCUUCCCCGGCUCCGCGGCGCCGCUGGUGGUGUUCCGAGGGAUCCCGGAGGGCGGAAGUGCAGCGGGGUCCGGCUCGGACCUCGCACCGGUGCCUUCUGCGGCUGCGCGGGUGUUCGGGGUCCUGCUCCAGCGUCUCCGCAGGACGGCGGGUCGGACAGACAGCUCGCAAUCGAGCGUUGCUACCGGUGCGGGGAGCCGGCGCUUCGGUUUGGCUUGGGUUGAACAAAGAAUUUAGCCUGUAUGUACUGCUUUAAUCACUGGAAGAAUGACAGAUGACAAAGAUGUGCUUCGAGAUGUGUGGUUUGGACGAAUCCCAACUUGCUUCACUCUCUAUCAGGAUGAGAUAACUGAAAGGGAGGCAGAGCCAUACUAUUUGCUUUUGCCAAGAGUAAGUUAUUUGACGUUGGUAACUGACAAAGUGAAAAAGCACUUUCAGAAGGUUAUGAGACAAGAAGACAUUAGUGAGAUAUGGUUUGAAUAUGAAGGCACACCACUGAAAUGGCAUUAUCCAAUUGGUUUACUAUUUGACCUCCUUGCAUCAAAUUCAGCUCUUCCUUGGAACAUCAUAGUCCAUUUUAAGAGUUUUCCAGAAAAGGACCUUCUGCACUGUCCAUCUAAAGAUGCAAUUGAAGCUCAUUUUAUGUCUUGUAUGAAAGAAGCUGAUGCUUUAAAGCAUAAAAGUCAAGUAAUCAAUGAAAUGCAGAAAAAAGAUCACAAGCAGCUCUGGAUGGGAUUGCAAAAUGACAGAUUUGACCAGUUUUGGGCCAUCAAUCGGAAACUCAUGGAAUAUCCUGCAGAAGAAAAUGGAUUUCGUUAUAUUCCCUUUAGAAUAUAUCAGACAACGACUGAACGCCCCUUCAUUCAGAAGCUGUUUCGUCCUGUGGCCGCAGACGGACAGUUGCACACACUGGGAGAUCUCCUCAAAGAAGUCUGUCCCUCUGCUGUUGCCCCUGAAGAUGGAGAAAAAAAGAAUCAAGUGAUGAUUCAUGGAAUCGAGCCAAUGUUGGAAACGCCUCUGCAGUGGCUGAGUGAGCAUCUAAGCUACCCGGAUAAUUUUCUCCAUAUUAGCAUCAUCCCCCAGCCGACAGAUUGAAGGAGCUGCCAUUGGCCUGUCCAGAAUCACCCUGAAGUGGGAUUUACCAGAGCAUGUCACCCUUCUGCUUCAGUCGAGUUUGGUGGAGGCAACCUGACCAGAAACCCUUGGCUGCUGCAAGCCAGACAGGAACGAGAUGCCAUGUCAGAUAAGGCCACGGGCAGGUCUUCCUUUGCAUCAGGCUGCUUUCCUCCACUGCCGUCAUCCAGCCUCAGCCAGGACGUGAAAGGCUUCACAGGACCACUGCAAGUCUCCUGUUUCCAUGUAAGAUAUAAUGAAGCUGAAACCCUUGGCCUGAGAAGAAAAUGGAAAGAUGUGCCACUUGAUACGUAUUUCUGAUUAACAAACAAACAGGGGUAUUUCCUAAGGUGACCAUGGUUGAACUUUAGCUCGAGAGAGUGGAAACAUUGGUUUAAUUUUCAAGAGAAUUAGACUUAAGAAAGUAAAAGAGAAAUUCUGUUAUCAAUAACUUGCAGUAAUUUUUUGUAAAAGAUCAAAUUACAGUAAACCCAUCUUUCCUUAAUGAAAAUUUCCUAUGUUUACAGUCUGUCUAUUGGUAUGCAAACAAUCUUGUAACUUUGAUAAUGAACAGUAAGAGAUUUUUAAAUAAAGCCUCUAAAUAUGUUUUGUCAUUUAACAACAUACAAUUUUGUCACUUUUCAAGGACUUUCUGAUGCAUAUAUAGUAGAUGUGUUUAUACUCUGCGUGUUACCAUUUUGACCUGUCGUUGCCGGCAUGGGGUAGGUACAGGGCACAGGAUGACUUGUCUCAGGAGCUGUCACGGAAGUUCUUGCUGCCUAUUUUAAAAUCUGUUCUUCACACACUAAAGGUAUCAAUAAUGUAGCUGUUUUUCCUUGUUGUUUUCUCACUGUAAACCUGUCAAAUCAUCAUAUGCUAAGCAUCUGUAUAAGAUAAUUUUGCAUUUUGGGAAAAACCCAUUCCUUCCAAGCUAGUGUUUUUCAUCGGCUCCAGGUCUAAUUUUUCACUGUGGUCCCCUGGCAGCCAGUCUUUGAAGUCUAAAGAUUACCUGUCUCUUGGCUGCAGUAGCUUUUCCUUAAUUUUACCAAAAAUAUCCAGAAGUCACUGGAGUUCUUAUUCAAUAUAAGGAAGGUUUGCUGCACUUUAUUACCGAGCUGCUGGGAUUUUGCCAGUCACACAUAUUUGUGCAUUACAGUUGGUUUCUUGUGAGCUAUCUUGCUGUCCAUAAUGAAUGUUGACCCACUUGAGUAUGCUAAAAAACAUAUAGAAUCAUGCAGUAAUGGUUUUAGAUUCCAUAAUAAAAAUGAAUGUUUUUCUUAUAAAAAUUAUA